CAGUAUUAAAGAAAUCCUGGGAUGAUUUGAUGGACCCAGUCACCCAAAACACUUCAACGAAUUUACCUGCUUUCGUCUCUCUCAAAACACUACAACACAGAAAAACACACCCAUCAAUCUAAUUUCUAAAGGGGAUUGUUCUUCUUCUAUCACAACUUCCAAUUUUAUACAAAGCUCUCAAUUUCAUCCAACUUUUUUUGUGUAAAUUUACCCACAUAUAAAUUCUUUCUUCUUGUACGUAAUUUCUUCUUAUCAACAACAAUCAUUUGGAUUUAAACCUUGAUCACAUACCCAUAAUUAUAAUUCAUUGUGUAACAUACAUAAAUAUUUACGCAAUUUUGAUUUAUAGCUAGGGAAAUUAGGUCAGAAGUUCUUGGUAUUCAAUUUCGCAAUGCUCGCCAAACUCUUCAACAAGCAAUCUCAGAGUGACUCACAGAACAAUAAAGGUCUGAUUGACUUAGACCCACAAGUUAUUGCUCACUAUGGAAUCCCUUCUACGGCUUCCUGUCUUGCUUACGAUCCCAUUCAGCAGCUUUUGGCAAUUGGAACUUUAGAUGGAAGGAUUAAAAUUAUUGGCAGCGACAAUAUAGAAGGCCUUUUGACAUCUCCUAAGGAAAUUCCUUUCAAAAACUUAGAGUUUCUGCAUAAUCAAGGUCUUCUAGUCGCCGUUUCAAAUGAAAAUGAUAUUCAGGUGUGGGAUCUUGAGCACAGAUUUAUAGCCUCCUUAUUUCAAUGGGAAUCAAAUAUAACUGCAUUUUCUGUUAUCCAAGAAACAAACUAUAUGUAUCUUGGAGAUGAUUGUGGAUUAGUCUCUGUUGUAAAGUAUGAUAUUGAGGACAGGAAGAUUAUGCGACAGCAAUAUAGUAUCACAGCUCAUUCAGUUUUUGAGGUUGCUGAGAUUCCACUGCGUAAUGAUCCAUCUGUUGUUGGAAUUCUUCCUCAGCCUUGUUCUGGUGGAAAUAGAUUGCUGUUUGCAUAUGAUAAUGGAGUUAUUGUUCUGUGGGAUAUCGCUAAAGAUCAGCUGGUUUAUGUUAGAGGACGGAAUAAUCAUCCGGUAAACGAUGGACAUUUGAAUACAUCAGCCAUUAGGAGCAAUGAAAUAAAGGAUCAAGUAUUGUGCGGCGAACAAGGGGAUAAAGAAAUUAUCUCUGUUUGUUGGGCGUCUUCAGAUGGAUCGAUUCUGGCUGUUGGCUAUGUGGAUGGGGAUAUCUUGUUGUGGAAAUUGUCUGAUGUUGCAAUGGGCAAUGACCACAAACCUGGAAAUCCAGCUAAUAAUAUGGUCAAGAUUCAAUUGUCAUCAGCAGAGAAAAGAUUUCCUGUGAUUGUUUUACAUUGGUCAGCAAGAGGUGUACAUGAUGAUUAUGGUGGUCAACUCUUCAUCUAUGGUGGUGAUGAGAUGGGAUCUGCUGAAGUUCUGACGAUGUUGAGUUUUGAUUGGUCUCCUACUAGAGAUGCUUUGAAGAAUGUUGUCCGAACAAAUGUCACCCUUCAAGGUUCUUUUGCAGAUAUGAUUUUGCUUCAAGAUUAUAGUGUUCUAGACGAUACGAGGACCACCUCAUUAUUUUUAUUGACCAGUCCUGGGCAGCUGCAAUAUUAUGACAAUUCUUGCUUGCUGGGAUUACAUUCUGGGAGUGAUAAAUCUUGUACCAUUCCUCUCCAUUACAGAAGUGUUGUACCGACGGCUGAACCUUACUUGACUGUUGGAAGGUUCAUUGCGAUACUUAAUACUAAGUGUUCUGCAGCUUUAUCAGAGCUGCAAGAAACAUAUCUACCAAGUGAUAAGAGUACAAAGUGGCCUUUGAAUGGUGGAGUUCCUUGUCAUCUGUCACUUCAUGGAGAGAGAAAAGUUGAAAGACUCUACAUAGCUGGAUACCAAGAUGGUACUGUUCGAAUUUGGGAUGCAACAUAUCCCAUACUGUCACCUAUUUUUGUUUUAGAUCCCGAGGUCAGAGGUAUCACAAAAGCUGGUGCAAAAGGAUCAGUUUCUGCUUUGGACUUCUCUUCUGAAACUCUAUAUAUAGCAAUUGGCAAUGACUGUGGCACGGUUCACCUCCAUAAUCUUACUAACAAUUGCAAUGAAACCAAGUUGCAUGUUGUGUCAGGAACCAAAAGUGAAGUUUGCGAUUUCAAUCCAGAAAGUGGAUCUCAUUUCUCAGCUGUGUUUACUUUAAGUACGUCUCCUGUGUGCACCUUGAGAUACACAAGUCUUGGAGCCAGACUUGCUGUUGGAUACAUGAGUGGACAGGUUGCAAUGCUGAAUUUAAGUUCACUGUCAGUCUUAUAUGUCUUAGACACUCUUUCCAGCCCAAAUUCCCAUGUUGUCUCAAUUUCGCCGGCAAUAUCUCUAGAAACUUAUGGCUUGGCUGCCAGCUCGGAUCACUCCGUACCUCAUGGGAAGACAGAAUCUGGAAAAGAGCUUAUAUUUGCCUUGACAAGUAAUUUGCAUAUUGCUGUUCUGGAUACCUCCAAUGGAAAUGUGAUUGGCUCUGUAUCCAAACAGCAUAAUGAGUCAACUGCAAUUUCCAUGUACAUUCUAGAGGGUAAUAAGUGCAUCACUGAAGUCUCUGGUGGAAAAAGUCAGCGGUUCUGGUCCCAGGAGAACAAGGAAAAAGCUGAACCUGCACAAGUUAGUGGUUACUCUGAGGGGAAAUCUGAUGGAGUUGACCAAUCAACGGACUUUGUGCAGAGCUCAACCGACUUGCUGAUUUUACUUUGUUGCACAGAUGCAUUACUUUUGUGUUCUCUAAACUCUGUGAUUCAGGGGCAUGUUGAAUCCAUCUGUGAGGUUCAUCUUCUAAAAACCAGCUGCUGGACAACCACUUUCAAGACAGACGAGGAGGAGCAUCGGCUGCUUGUAUUUUAUCAGACUGGCUCUAUUGAGAUUAGGUCUUUGCCAAACCUUGAAGUCUUGGGCGAGGUGUCUUUACUGUCCAUUAUGCGAUGGAAUUUCAGGACCAACAUGGAUAAAACUCUGAGUUGCACAGAAAGGGGUCAGAUAAGUUUGGUAAAUGGAUGUGAAUUUGUAGUUCUGUCUCUUUUGGCUUCUGAAAACGAUUACAGAGUCCCACAAUCUUUACCAUGUCUGUAUGACGAGGCCCUCGCAGCUGCUUUAGAUCUGAGCUUGUCUCCAGAUCAGAAGAAAAAUAAGCAGGAAACUUCUCCGGGAUUUUUUGGCGGAAUAAUGAAGGGCUUAAGAGCGAGUCAAGAAGCUCAGAGUAGAGAUCCUAUGGGGGGGCCAAAAUCUCUACUCUCAGCUUUAGAUAAAGUAUUUUCAAGUCCUAAAACAGAGGCUUCUGCGGUUCCUAAAGAUGUUGGAAAAGCUGUGGAUCUUAACAUUGAUGAUAUAGAAAUUGAUGGACCUUUGCACGUUUCGCCGAUAGCCCACAAAGGUGAAGUUGGAAAAGACAAGAGUCAAGAAAGGAAAAAGCUAUUUGAAGGUGGAACCUCAGAAACGAAACCGAAACAGAGAACAAUUGAGGAAAUCAAGGCCAAAUACAGAAAGGCUGAGGAUACAUCCUCAGCUACAGCUUCCGCUGCUUCUGCUGCAUCAGAAGCAAAAAACAAGCUUCUAGAAAGGCAAGAAAAACUUGAGAGGAUCGACCAGAACAGUGAAGAGCUAAGAAAUAAUGCAGAGAACUUUUCCUCCAUGGCCAAAGAGCUGGCAAAGAGGAUGGAAAGUCGCAAGUGGUGGCAAUUAUGAGCAAAUAGUUUCGAUGAUUAUGUGCUGACCUAUAAGCAAUCGAUCUUUUUGAAGGAGCAAGGUUAACUCAUGACAUUCAACUUCCAAACUUAUCUGUUCAAUUCAGGUGAUCUCGUUCUAACUAAUUAUUGGUUUUGAUACCUAAUCAUGUAUUGAAACUUAAUGUUGCAUCUACAUCAGUCUAGAUGGCUUAAUAUGUUACCAUGUAUCUAAAUUGUAUAUCGUACUGAAACCAGUGUACACCGAUCAGUACCUUAAUUUGUAUGCAUUAUACAUUUAUACCUCCUAUAUAAGGUCGCUAUGAAAACUGGCUGACAUAAAACACUGUAACCAUGUACAGUUUUCCUUCUUAUAAACAAUGGCUUUUUUCACA